AUGCUCAAGGCGAACCUUGUUCACGUCCAGACUCUCCGCGCCUCGGUCGGCUCGUCCAUCGAGGUUUUUACCUUUGGCAAGCGGCCAAAGCCGACGCCAGCAGCUGCAGACCCGGCACCGCCUCCUCAGAAAGGCUCACGGCAGGGCGGCAAGGCCAUCUCGCCGCACUCAGCGCACAAGACGCAGCACACACGCCCCCAGCCGUACCCUUCAGCCGACAAGGUGUCUCGCGGCCGAGCACCACGUCGGCGCGUCACAGUCGCAAACUCCAAAGGCGAUGCUCCGGAGCCUUCGCCGGAACCCGCCGUCCCGCUUCGCCGCUCGAACACUUCCACCUCCGUACCACCACCAGACCAUCCGCCCACCAUGAUGCAGGUCAUGCGCGGCGAACUCGACGCUGCCCACGCCGAACUUUCGCGCUCCAAGCACGAAGUCUCACGUUACGUCGAGCGCUGUCGAUAUCUGGAGCGAGCGCUUAGAGAUGCUUCGGACCGUCUGAUGCACCGCGAGCGCGAGAUCGAAGAACUCAAGCGAGAACGGUCGCGGCUCCUCACAGAGCGUGAACGUGACCGCGCACAUACACAACGUCUGGAGCGAUCACAGACCGUCGCUGUACGACGACCGGCACCGAGCCCUGCGAGCUCUCGCACGGCUUAUGACAGCGACGGUGAGACCAUCCUGGUACUCGACGAUGCCGCCUCUGCGCGUCGGCGCAAUCGCUCGGUACCGCCUGCACAGCGCUCCCGCAGCGCUCAUCCGCUCCCCCUGCCACCCAAAUCAGUCGAGCUACUGCCGAUCCGCGGCCUCGAGGUCUUUCUCUCAAAGACGGACCGAUGGUCCGGUGCGCAGGUCAUCGAGGCCGUCCAGGAUCUCAACUCGGAAAUCAUCCAACUAGCUGCCGCUGUCGUUGAAGUCACGACGGUCGCGCCAGCACCAGUCGCCACAGCGCCGCGCGUCGCUCAUGCGAAGAAGUCAAUUGCGGCUCGCCUAGGACCCGCGUUCUCGCAAGUACUCGCCGGCAGGGACCAUUCUCACGAUCCAACACUAGUACAGCUCGCCCUGCAAACCUGCCUGGCGACAUGUACCACGCGUCUGCUCUCCGUCUUCUGCAUUGGGCUACCUAUGAUGCCCAACGAGCUCUUUGCCCAGUUGUACGAGGACGUGCGCGAACAAGAGCCCCAAGCGACAUCAUCCCGCUGGCGCGCACUAACACUUCAGCACAUCCGGAACCUGAACCCGCAACUCGAGGAAAAUGCCGCGGGAGAGUUCGUCACGCAGAUCUUGCGGGCUUGGACGGAGAUCUUCGUGUUGUGCAGCUGCACGUCCGUUGAGGGUAUACCCCUACACUCGAUGGACGCCCUCCGUGCCCGCUUCGGGAGGCAAUGCAUGCGCAUCGCUAUCCGCGCGUGUAAACUCGCGCGUGUGAUCAACGAGGAGAUCAUGAGCACGAAUUUCGAGCUGCUUUUCGUCGAGAACGGCACGCGCUUCAAGCCGGACUCCAUGGUCAACGCAUAUGCUAACGCGGCAGCACCCGUUGGUCCGGUGUUGUGUACUACUGAGUUGGGUUUGCAGUGCGUUACACGCACAAAGUUGAAGCCCGGCGCGGACGUAGACGAGACCGUCGCGCGCACGCUACUUCUGCCCAAAGUCGUCCUUGAGACUGUACCCCAGGUCCUCGAUAACAUGUCCUCUGCAUGA